AUGAGUCCUGAAGGCAGCAUGACAGGCAAGCUAUUCCCAGCAGGAGAGCGGACGAGCUCGAUACACAUCACAGAACCCAGGAAUGGUGUCGCGCCCUUCGAGGUCCAGGCCAGUCUUGUGGAUGCAGCGAACCCAUUCAUCAUAGUCGACUCAACAUCUCUGCCGUUGGGUUUGGAGGCGGACUCGUCGAUAUAUCUCGAUUUGGUCGAGGAUAUCCGACGUGCUGGCGCGGUUCAGAUGGGCCUGGCAACCGAUACUGCUCACGCUGCAGCCACUAGAGGAACGCCAAAGAUUGCCUUCGUAUCACCUGGCGAAGCUCCGAUGCCAGGCAAGCAGUCAAGCGAUGUCAGGGUAGCAGCCAUGAGCAUGGGCAAGGCGCAUCCAAUGCCAUACGCCGCACGUCAGGCUACUCAACGGGUCAGGGCCUUGAUGACACCGCCCGACUCCGAAGGUUCCGACGAUGAGACAUCUACGCUGACGAGCUCUCGUAAAGAGCAGGCCAACGGUGAGACAAUCUGGCUACAGCAUCCCAGCGGACAGAUCAAAGUCGUGGUGAAGCUCCAGCGUGACGAGAACGAGAAAGGGCUGAUUGCGGAAGCCGCCCAGCAGAAGCAAAUGGAGCGGGUGAACUAUCAUCAAGGCAAACUCGACUUCGAUGGCGUCGAUCCCGAACUAGGCAUGCAUUUGCUGGACCUACACUGGAACCGUCAGCACCACUCGUAUCUCAUCACUUACAGGCCGGUCUUCAUGCGGGAUAUGGCGUGUGGCGGACCAUACUUCUCGGCUUUGCUGUUGAACGCAAUAUACUUUAGCGCCUCCAAGUUCAGUCCACGGCUCGAGGUCCGCAGAGACCCUGACGAUGUGAGAACGGCUGGGUACCGGUACCGAAUGAGAGUCAAAGAGCUGCUCGGAAGUGCUUUGGACUCAAGCAACAUCACCACUAUUCAAGCACUGCUGAUGAUGGCGCAAUCAUUGUUCGCUCUAGGAGAUGAGCGCAGUGCUGCAUGGCUGUACGCUGGCAUCGCAUUUCGAAUGCUCAUUGAUCUUGGUAUGCAUGCGGACACGCUGGCGCUUCAGGACUACAAGCGUCCUUCUGAUGAGGAUCUCGAGGUUCGGCGCAGGGUUUUCUGGGGUGCGUUUGUGGUGGACAAGAUGCAGAGUUUGUACCAAGGGCGACCCGUUUCCCUGCAGCAGAGCGACUCCCGAGUUCCGAUAUCUUUUCUUGAUACCUAUGAAGAGUAUGAAGACUGGAAGCCAUUCGCCUACGAGCCGCAUGCGAUGCAGACAUACGCCGGCUGUCCCGCGUACAGCGUUAGCACAUUCACGGGGCUGUGUCAGCUGUCGGUUAUAAUGAACAGCAUACUGAACGACAUCUACGCCGAAGCAUCGUUUGAUAAGACUCCAGAAGAGCUCUCAAAGCUACAGAAGACUCUCGACGCGCGGCUAGCCUCAUGGUAUGACCAGCUGCCUCAUCACCUCAAGAUCGCACCAGCCGAGAUUCCUGCAGUAAUUCCACCUCCUCACGUCCUUUCUUUGAUGGCGAUGUACAAUGUGAUCCUCAUUCUUCUUCAUCGGCCCUUCGUUUCCGAUGGUCACCUACACAGCAAUGCGCGGUCUAUCACAGUCAACUCGUUGCUUGUAUGUGUCAAAGCUGCGACUGCCAUUGUUCACAUCUUGCGACUCUAUCACGAAGCUUACAGUGUUCGCCGGGCUCCGUACCUCAUCUCUUACGCCACCUAUGUCUCAGCCACAAUCCACGUUCGCAUCGCCGCCAAGCGGCAAAAGAGUUCUGAUGCACACAAGUCUCUUGCGACCUGCUUGGAGGUCUUCCGCGUCAACCAGGAAAGCAACUGGGCGGCGCGGAGGGCACAGAAUAUCGUUGAAGGGCUAGCGAAGAAGCUGAAGAUUGAGCUACCAGACACAGGCGGUGCCCUUGCUCUCAGCCGCAACGGCAGCGAUGCCGCCACGGCACAGAUCAACUCUGCACAAACGCCAGCCUAUCAGUACCCACACCCGCAGGACCAGGAGCAGACCAAGCCACCAGAAGAGAACAAUUACUUCGUGUCGGAUGUCGAUUGGCAGCAGGGCUUCUCGCCGAACAUGGAUGUGGAUGGAAUCAUCCAGAGUUUCGCGCGACAGCAGGACCCUCAGCAUCCUGGCACUCUGCAGUAUGCAGUGCCUAACGGUAUGGAUGGAUCGGGUUUGCUGCAGCAUCAAAGUUAUCUUGGAGACGACAGCGUCGGACACAAUGGGCACAGAUCCGAACAGCAGGUUGGAGAUGCCUUCAGUGCGUCUUGGACGAUCCCAACGGAUGUCCCACUGGACGAUAUGCUCUUUGGGUUCAACAGCUCGACACUCGAUGGGUUCUCUAUGGCGUAUGAUUAUGGUCAAGGUCAGUCGUAG